AUAUAUAUAUAUAUAUAUAUAUAUAUAGAUAUAGAUGAACGCCGUAAUUGCGCUAUGCCACUUCUGCGAAGCGCAUGGUCCUUGCGCCAUCUUCUGCACGCAAACGCUGCGCGACACAAAAGUGGAGGAUCUCGUGAAUGUGGAGCAGCAGCAGCAGCAGGGCCAGAAAACCUGCUCCGCCUGCAAUUAUACGCUGGGGCGCAAUAACAGCAGUGCCAUUUACAGCAAAGACACGGAAAGUGGCGCCACAUUUGUUAGCACCAAGGUUGCCGCCUUGCCCGAGGUGGCCAAUCUGGUGAAGCAGGCAGCAGUGCGCAGCCUCAGCUGUGAGAUAAACACUAAUGCCAAGGACGGCGACGGUGGCUUCGUCUUCUUUGGCGACUCCGCUCGCGGUCACAUUCUCAGCCACACGUUUCGCGUGAACGAUUUGCAGGCACGCGGAUACUAUCAGCUCUUCUCGAUUAUUGUGUUAAUGAAGGACAAGUAUUUUCUGCUUAAUACCAAACCCUUUCUGGCCGAGCACUUGAGGAAGGUGUCCGCCGAGCUGCAGGCGGGCGCACAGCGGACCAAGGCAGCCGAGGAGCUCAACUAUUCAGCGCGACAGAGGCGUUUGUCUGGCGCACAGUUCCUGAUGCCGACGCCACGCUCCCUGCUGGAGCUGACGGGCGAGGAGCAUGUAUUCGCCCAGCUGCAUUCACAUUUCGCCUGGAUACUGUUGGCGGGAUCGCGAUUCCUUACGGAGCACGUCACAUUCGGCAAUCUGCCGUGGCUGCCACCGCAAAGCAGCACUCGCCCACCGGCACAGCGUUUAACCUACAAUAGCUCCACGUUGCCCAUGAUACAGAUGUACGAGGAGACGAUCGAUGAUCCCGAACAGGAGGAGUUCUUCUCGCUGCGACACAUCAAGACUGUCGUUCGCAAGGAGGACUUUGCCACCGUUUGCUAUUGUGCUCUGACCGGCGUCAAGAUCAUCGUGCGUGGCGCCCCGGAGCGCACGUUCCGUUUCAUGGUGUGCCUGAAGAAACUGCUGCCGGAGCCAAUGCAUAAUCUGAUGCGCAUAGAUGCACAACAUCAGCACUCAAUUAGCUCCGAGUACAAGAUCAUAUCGGUGUCCAACGAUAUUGCCGUGCCUAUUGCGAGCAGCUCCGUCUUCCGCAUCGAUUUCCUCGACAAGCAUGUCAAUGGCAACGAUAUCGUCUCCGUCAAGUGGCCCGGCGAACUGCCCAGAAAAAUUCCAGAUCUCAUGGUCAAGCUGCAGAAGGCCGUGCAGGCAGUCGAUGAGAAGACCUUCACCGAGCUGGUGCUCAACAAGCAGACCAAGGUGCUAAUCGAGGAGUGGAAAAACAAAGUGAUUUGUCUGAAUCAUGCAAAGUCGGGCAGCGUGCAGGCCAAGCUGAAGAAGGUGCUAGGAGUGCAGCCGCAGGAUCAGCCCAUUGUCAAUUACUGGAGCACACACUUGCACUAGGCAAGGAGUGAUGGGGGUUGUAUUAUAUUGUUUAUAGAAAUGUUUGUUUCACUUCUUGAAAUAAAAAUUCUUUAUUGCCAAAAGGGUCUGCUCCCUUU